CGUAUUUGAGCUCUUCAUUUUGUUGCUCAUUCGGACUGCAUUCUCACUUUAACAUAAAAAUCCAAUAACAUUGAACGUUAGCUUGGCUGAUUCAACCAUCAUGAUCUCUCUAUUGAAAUUCAACUAGGAAUACUACCAACAAACCGACAACUCUUCUGCUCAGCUCAGCCUCUUCACUUGGAUUUCCCCUUCGUUCUUCGGUUCCUCCUUCAACCACUCUCGGUCUUCUGAGCUUUAGCUGCUUGGAAUGGAGGGCAUAUUAGAUGCUGAUGCACCUUUAGAUUAUGCUACAAUUCAAAUUUUCCCAACCCAAAACAGGUGUUGAGGGCUCCUGUAGGUAUGAAGUAUUUGUUUGUGGUGACAACAAAAUGGAAAAACUUGCAGUUGGGCCUCUGGAACAACUCUUGCCAUAUAUACCAGGAUUAAAACCCUUGCAUGCUGAAGGAUCCUGUAGUAACUUCACAAUCCAACCUCCAGGAAAAGCAAGUAGUACAGCAUGGUUCUCAAAAUCAACUUUAAACAGAUUCCUGAAUAUUGUUGGCUUACCAGAUCUGGUAAAUAUCACUAAGGUUAUAGAAGGUGAGAUAUCUCAGCUGGAAGAAGCCAGACAAUUUCAUCUUUCUUUACAUGUCCAGGGCAAUAAUAUUGAAGCCAGGGAGAUAGAUGACUGCAACUCAAAUGGCAUGGCCCCACAAACCAAAUCUAAUGUUCAGGCUGCAUCUUCGGACAAUUCAAAGAAUGAACUGCUGCGAGCUAUGGACUCUAGAAUCUCAGCAUUAAGAGGAGAGUUAUCUGCAGCUUUUAAGCAGGCUGCUGGUGCCAUCUUCUCCUAUGAUGAGCUUGCCAAUUUAGAUGAACUUAUUCAACAUUUAAGCAAUUCAUUCUAUGGAGCUUUAGAUACAAGUCAAAUUAUCCAGAAUGCUGAUCCACUUGACAAUGACAAGACAUCAUCAAAUUGUCCUAUAAGGAACGAUAGUGCAAGGAAGACAAAUAGUGAUUCUCAGAUGUCAAAACCUUCACAUGCAGAAAUGCCACUUAAAUAUGGUGUUUCACCUGCUAAAAUUGCACAGCUCGAGCGGCAAAGCUCAACAGAAAGUGAGGAGUCUUCAGACUCAGGCGAGGAAAAUCAAAUGUUUGUCGAAAGAAGUCGAGCUUUAGCAAGGUCUGCAGCACCUAGACGGUCAGCGUCUCCAAUGAGGAGGAUUCAAAUAGGGAGAACUGGAUCACACAGGGCCACUGCACUGACCAUUAAGAGCCUCAACUUUCUUCCUACUAGAACAUUGUCUCAUAGGGAUGUAGCUGCAGACAGUAGUGAAGAAGAAGAAUCAGAACAAACCAGUAAGAAAAUUGAGGAUAAUGUACGAAGAAUGAGUGUUCAAGAUGCAAUCAAUCUCUUUGAAAGCAAACAGAGGGAUCAAACUGGAGAUUCUCAGAAGAGGACUUGUUUAGCAAAUGCUUCUCUAAUUGGAAAUAAAUCUGUAUUGAGGAGGUGGAGUUCAGGUAUGGGGGAAUCUUCUGCUCAAAGCCAAAUGCAAACUGGUUUGGACCAUUCAAGUCCGGUAAUUUCAAAUGGUAUAAUGAACAGAGAGUUUUUAAAGGCUUCAGUUGAGGUGAAAUCAGAGUCUAAUUACAUAUCUGAUGGUCAAAGUCACGUUGAGAUUGCUGAAGUUGAUAUUGAAAGACAGGAAGAAAGGGCCCUUGAUAUGAUAAAUGUUCAAGCAGGUGCUGAUGUUAGCCAAAGGGAGGACAUUAAUGAGAGAUUAACAACCACAGCAGAAUGGAAUCAACAAAGGGAAGUGGAGUUGAAUCAGAUGCUGAAGAAAAUGAUGGAGAGUAAGCCAACUAAAAGUACGAAGCCAUCAACUAGCAGAAAGCACAAUCUUUCCUCUGAAAGGAGAGGUGGUUUCUAUGACCACUACAAGGAGAAGAGGGAUGAAAAACUUAGAGGAGAGAAUGCUCGAAAGAGAGCAGAAAAAGAAGCACAAUUAGGAGCAAUACAGCAGAUUCUUGAUGAGAGGAAAGCUGAAAUGGUCUCAAAAAAUGUGAAUGAUGUUGGAAAAAAGCAUCCUCUUGAAAAGCCUCAGAAGUCAGUUAGGAACUUACCUCAAUCUGCAAAUCCCAAAAAGGAAACUCUAAAAUCUGCUGUUGCCAAGAAAGUUUCUUAUAAAACAUCACCCAUGCCUUAUACUCGUAAGUCAUGGCCAUCAGGGCAAUCACCAAAAACUGCUGGGUUGUCACCAGCUAAAACUCCUGGUGGGAUAUCUUCUGCUGGAACAACACCAACACGCCGAAAACUUCAAUCAGCACAAUCUUUUGCCCGAGCAACCUCUAAAAUGGAGCAAUCCAAGCAGCAACUUAAAAAUGUGAAGGAAAUCCAGGCAAAUAAUGAAAGGGGCUGGAACGGUUUAAAUGGAAAGCAGCAGCCAACAAAGGCAAAAAGUAGCAAAACUACAAAAGCACAAGUUGCAACAGCUUCUAGAGAUAGCUCUAGUCUGGUUCUGGAAAAGCGUAAUUUCUAUAACAAGGUGACAAAAAAAGGCAGUGUAGUGCCACUGGAAUCAAAACCCUUUCUUCGUAAGGGCUCUAGAAUAGUCCCUAGUGUUGGUCCUGCUGCCAACAAGAUAAAAAGUUCUCCCCAGGUGGAGGACUCUUUGAAAAACCCAGGAAAUUUGGUUGAAUCUCAGGAAGAAGAGGCUGUUGCGAAUGCUUCUAGUCUGGCAAGGGAGCAUCAAGAGCAGCAUAUUGUGCCAUUAGAUUAUUGUGAUGCUGUGAAGUCUGGCACUACUGUAAGCAGUCAACAGAUAUGUAGUGAGAUAGAGAACUUUUAUGAACCUGCUGCUGAUAAUAAUGGACUGAGAAACAUGAUAGAGUCAUCUUCUAAAAUUCAAGCUGAAGAAGAAUCAAUCAUAUCCCCUGCUGCUUGGGUGGAAAUUGAAGAGGAGAAUCAUGAACUGUCCAAUGCAUGUCAUGACAACACAACUCAGAUUGCAUCUCCACCAAACAUUGUGCCCAUUGGAUUGUCAAGUCCUCGUGUCCGCCAUUCUUUGUCGCAGAUACUGCAAGAAGAAAGUACUGAACUUGACACUUCUGACUGGGGAAAUGCUGAAAUUCCUCCUCCCAUUGUCUAUCAAAAAGAUGCUCCUAAAGGAUUGAAGAGGCUCUUGAAAUUUGCUCGCAAGAGUAAGGGGGAUUCAAAUUCAACAGGUUGGUCUACUCCAUCCGUCUUUUCUGAAGGAGAAGAUGACAUGGAUGAAUCAAGGGCAGCUAAUAAGAGAAAUGCUGACAAUCUUUUGAGAAAAGCCACCCUUCAUGCAAAGAACUAUGGAAUGCAAAAGACAUCAUUAUCUGAAGACUUCGAAAAAAAUGUUGAUGCUCAUCUAGUCUCUGCCCAAUCAAACAUAAGCAGAUAUGAAGCCCAGAAUUCUAACAAGUUGCAUAUGGGCCACGUCUUAGCAGCAGCCCCUUCAACUAAAGCUACAAGGUCAUUCUUCUCUCUUUCAGCAUUUAGAGGCAGCAAACCUAAUGAAACAAAGCUUCAUUAAAUGCCAGAGUGAUGAUGAAGUACAGAUUACUAACAUUAUGUCAUUUCCCAAGCCAGAUAUUGGGUAGAAUUGGCUUGAGGCUACAGGUUACUGACUUCCCGCACUGGUGUCGGCUUUUUUUUUUUUUUGGUUCUUCUACAUAUAUGAAGUACUGAUUAUUGAUCUGUUUCUGCAUGUUUUGUUGUCAAAGGCGUGUGUAUGCAUUGAUUUAAUCUGUCAGUGUAUUAGAAUUUGUUUUCUACUGAACAUAUACGCUCAGGGGUCAGGCUGUUAAACAUUGGUGACUCAAUUGAUGACCGUUUAUUUGUAUUAAUUCAUUUAUAUUAUCAUAUAUGAUUUUUAGUUG